UGACUUAUCUAAUCACUCCCCUGUUUUGUUUUCCCGCCACUAUCGCAUUCAACCGCAUCACCAGGAGACCGUCACACUAUCAAAGGGGAAAACUACAACUAUAUAUAACUUGAUAAUCGUAUACAUGUAUAUUUCAAAAACAAUCUUACCAUUUUUUUAAAAAUCGGAUAACACAAAGAUAGAGAAUAAUUCAGGUGAAAAUAGAUCACUCCGUAAUUGAUAAAAGAAAAAAAACAAAAAAAAUUUUUAUUCGUAAAAGAAUCAAAAAAAUUAUGGACAAAUUUUAAAUUCAAUCUUGAACAAAUAAGUAUCAUGAUCUGUCAUACAUAAUACCCUCCUGCAUCAGCAAAAUUUGAAAAACCCUUGAAUAAAAGAAUCUCAUAGGUUUGUUUCUUUGUGUUGUGCGCGUGGUAUAAGCCGGUCGCAAUAGUCGCGUCGUUGUACAAUAGUGGGGAUCACGGUUUACGAUUCACAAGUAGUAGGGAUACGCACGGCGGCGUCGGACAAUGGACCCGCCCGAGCGCUCUGGUGGUGUCUCACAGCACUAAAAGCCAACAGUAUUGCUACGGUAUCACUCGUGUAACAUACUUUGUGAAUUUCAUCGUGUGUUCUUGUGUUCGUCGACGUGGAUUGUUUGCCAGUUGGGAUUAUUUUAAGCGUCACGACCGGCAUAAUGAACUACGAUAAAGUGUCAUUUUUGUAUUAUCCUUAAAAGUUGUAAUUAUUUCAAAAUAAUAUAAUUUUACUUAUAUCAGUGAAGUGGAAUUUUUUCCAUGGCGUCUAUGAUUAUCAUGGCUUAAGGGUAAAGCAUGGCGCGCGUAAUUCGUGUCGUUCUGUCUUACAUUUUACUUGAUCGCAGGUGAUAGUUGAUACAUUAAGUGUUUUUUAUUUAAUUGGGUAUGGUGUAUCUUGAUAUUGUCUACGAUCUUUUUGCCAAAUUAAAAAGACCUGAUAGUUACGGGGAUUGGAGUUUAUUCGGCUUUUCAACAACGAUAUGAGGAGAAUUAGUGUUGGCGGUAUGAGCCGGCCGUCGAAAGCGGUGACCCAGGUAAAGAAGGUGGCACCACCGGCUGUGCCCGAUGUCUUCCGACACUCUGGCUCGUCCUUUGGCUCGGCAGGAUACGCCAGCAGCGAGGACGGUGGUUUCCUGUCGAGUGGCGGGGGUGCUCCCGGUGACGACGGGUCCUAUGGAAUGCCAGCAGGAAAGAGCCCGGGCCCCAUUUACACGUAUUCUGGAUUCGCAUUCCCACCAGUUGUUGGGAACAAAUAUGCUCACGCCGAGGAUCAAGGUAUCGACAUGACACAGAGUCCAGGACGUGAUAGUCCAGGUAGUUCAGGUUCAGGAUCCGGUUCAAGACACUCAACAGCUUCUUUAGACUCUGGUAGAGCAUCAGGAUAUCAUUUAGGUCCCCGUGGACCUGGAGCUUUAGCUUCAUCACCAAGAUGUUCCAUCAGUUCACUUGGUAGUCAUCCAGAUAGACCUACGGAUCUUGAUGUUGUUCAUGCUUGGUUGACGGAACUUCAAUUUGAAGAAUAUUUUCCUCUUUUUGCUUCUGCUGGUUAUGAUCUUGCAACUAUAACUCGUAUGACCCCAGAAGACCUCACAGCCAUAGGUAUCAAGAAGCCAAAUCACAGAAAACGACUUAAGGCGGAAAUCGACAAUCUCAACGUGGGCGAUGGACUACCAGAACAUAUACCAGGUUCAUUAGAAGAAUGGUUGAGACUGUUACGACUUGAAGAGUACUUGGGUGCUCUUCAUCAGCAGGGUAUGAGAUCUGUAGAGGACGUAACGACACUUACAUGGGAGGAUCUUGAAGAUAUUGGCAUAGUUCGAUUGGGACAUCAAAAAAAACUUUUGUUAGCGAUUAAAAGGGUCAAAGACAUUCGUGCGGGUAAAAGAAUUCAACCAUUAGAUCUAGCAAGACUUCCACCACAUCCUGGUCAUACUCAAGAUGUAGUUAUUCAAAGAGGAGGAUCGGAUCUUCCAUCGCCAGACGAGGACUGCUCAUCUCCGGUAUUAAGGUCUUUCCAGAGAAAUGAAUCGACGUCUGCAUGGAGAAGUAUGUAUGCAGCAUUGCCAGGUGGUUUAGAAUAUAAUACAGUAGGUAGAGGACCUAGAGGAAAAUCAUUAGAGAGUUUAGAAGAUGCUCCAUUAGCUUAUCCACCGUCACCAGCACCUACAUCUCAUAUCGAGUCAAUUGGUUGGCGUCCUAGAUGUUUUGAAGAUGGCGACGUUACGCCUACAAAUGAAGUUUCAUCGAUAAUUGAAGCUGGAGGCAAUACUCUUCCAAGACCAAGACAUUGUUUAGUGCGACCAAGACCAGUAGCUAAGUUGUUGGAUCAGGUCACUGCAACACAGGGACAAUUUAAAUCAUUGCCUCGAGACUUUGAUAAUAAAUAUCAGUUGACAUAUGGAUUAGAAAGUAGUCCGCAUUUGACUAAACGUCGUCCACCAUCACCACCACGACGUCAGAGUUCUAGAGAUAUUGGAAGUAAUGGAGGUAAUGGUGAUGUAGUGAUUGACUGUAGUGGACCCGUACCAACUACUUGUGAAGAACAUCUUCACCAUCAUCUUCAUCAUCCACCGCCUCCAGCACCAAGUGGUGCUCCUUCUACACCGCAGAUGCAUCGGCCAACAUCAUCAAUGUCGCGCUCGUGGGGUAGUGUCAGUGCUAAUGUAAAUGAAGAGCACGAACUCAUUGCAACUCUUGCAUUGCAGCAUCGCAACGGAUCUGACGCCAGUUUCAAGUCAAGUUCGAGUACAGAAUCAGACUCGUUGCCCUUCGCCAACGAGAAUGCAGGUACAAUAAAACAAAGAGCUGCAAGAGUACAAGAGUAUACUAACAAUCCAUCAAGUCUCGGAAGUCACACAACAAGUCAUCAGCAUCAUCAUCAUACUCAACAAUAUCAUCAUAUAAUUGGUAGUGAAUCUAGUGGAGAUGAGCCUGCUGAUGUAUUAAAUGACAUUGGUAAUAUGUUGGCUAAUCUCACUGAUGAACUCGAUGCAAUGCUUGAGGAGGAAAAACGCCAAGGCCUCAACUCAUAAUCAUCACAGACUCUGAUUAUGUUCUUUAUUUCAACUCACGUUGCCAUAGAUCGGCAAAACGAUAUGAGAACGUUUUGCCGUAUUGGAAGGGAGAAGUCACGCACUUAACUGCGAAAUAGAGAAUAGAAUAGAAGUGAAAUAAAAGCACGAUUGUAUUUUUUUUUUGCUUAUUUUUCAUUAAAUCGUAACAUAAGAACAAUUAAUUACAUGUAUAAAGAACUUUCGAAAGCUUCACAACUUUUUUAUAUCAUGUUUUUGUUACUGUGUUAAAAAUUGAACAAUUAAAAGUGUAGUCCUUAAAUAAAAUCGAGUUUUAUUAUAAACAGGGUCGUUAAAAAAAUAGCUUGAAAAUUACGUGGCAGAGUUUCUCGGAUUCAUCUUUCUUUCAUGAUAGUCAUAAAACUUUAUAUGUUGAUACUAAACCGAUAAUACCGUGCACGUGCGACUCCAAUACUAUGUCCUUCGAAUGCAAGCUUAUUUUUGCUACAAACUUAGGUCAUAUGGUACUGACUGGUCAUUAUUACCGUCUUCAAUCCUUUAUAAGACAUUCCACUAGAAUUUGGUCUAAUUUCCAAAAGUAAAAUGAAAUUUUUGAAUACAUUGAUGCAUACAAAAGUAGUUCAAUAAUGUAAUUACUGUCUACUUACAAGCAGUAAAAAUGUAGUUUUUGUAAUAAUGAAUAAAAAUAGUAUAACUAAAAAUAAUCUUCCGUCAGCGUAAAAAUGUAAAAAAAUAAUGUAACAGGAAGACUGAUGACUGUUGAUCAAUUCCUGAAUGAUAUUUAUGUUAUGAUAACGUAUAUAUUAUUAAUUGUCAAUCAAUGUUUUUGUUUUUAAUAUUCUUUGUUAAUCAAUUAUUCUAUACGUCAGGUUUUUGUACGUGACUAAUAAUAAUCGGUGAAACAACGUACCCAUCAUUUUGAAGGGUACCUGAGGAGAUUUUAUAAGUUUUACAUAACAUAAAAAUUUAUUGUAAUUUAUACGCAAUGUAUACAGGUGCUCUAUUGCACUGUCGAUCGUGACUUAGGUGCGUUUAAAUGUGUAAAAAUUAUUGUCAAAAUUUUUCAACUUAAAUCACUCAGUCAUGCUCAUAAAAAUUAAUUGACAACUAUUGAUUUAAUCAAUUCAAUCGUAGAUCCUGUAGUUGGAUCUCGUUUGUGUUCCUGCCAAUGUGACACAAUAUUAAAUUGAAUAAUAAAUUCAAUAUUUAAGAUUACUUUAUAAUGUUUGAGAUUAUUCUCAGCGAGAAAUUAAAAUUAAAUAAUAAAUUAAUAAAUGUAGGUCUGAUUAUAUCAGAUCGAUGACUUGUCUUGUUAACUACUGUAGAAAUAGAGUUAUAUAUAUAUAGAUACCAUGAAUCAGUAGUGGAUUUAGGGAUAUUGUCGGAAGUAAAAAAAAAUUCUUUUUGGAAAGAUGAAAAAAGAUGAAUUGAAAAGAACUGUCAAGUUUAUGCCUAUUUUUUGUCUUACAAUAAAGAAACUAAAUUUUCCGUCUAUUCAUCUCAUAUUUCAUUUUUUCCAUUCAUAUAUAAUUGUCGUACUUUCUUUUAAUCGUACUUAAAGUACCAUACUACGUUGGCGACUACCGACAAUAGCUCAAAAUCAAUGCUUUUACGUGGUGUAUAAAUAUUAUAUAUAAAUAUAUUACUUAUAGAUUUUGUACAAACGUAUGCGUUUCACUGGUCUUCAUGUAUUGAAAAUCAGCGCUCGCCUAAACUGUAUUGUACACCCCCUCCAUGUUGGUUUUAAUAUACAUAUAUAUUAUUUGAUUUAAUAAUUAUACAGAUUGAUCUUUAAAAUAAAGCCGAUUGGUGCAAAAUAAUGAA